AUGGCGAGCGGCAAGUCAGUGGUGGCUCUGAUCAAGGCCCUGAAGCCGGCAUUCCGCUCCGGCAACGACAACGACAAAGUCGCCCUCGCCGUCCACGCCUACUUCUUGGCCUCCGGCUACGACCUCACCGCCACUGGUCCCCACGCCUUUUCCCCUGCCGCCCUCAACUCUUCUUCCACAGAUGAAGUGGGUAUUGAUGGAUGGAACGAACUCGAAGACCAGUACGCAUUCGUGUACGUGAACCUGGAAGAGGGUUCGAAGAAGGUCCGGGUCAAGUGCCUUGUGAUGGAGCAUAAACUGCAUGUGUUUUGCGCUGUGGCUGAUGGGUCUUCUAAGCAUGUCGAACUAGACGUUGGGAAUUAUGUAGAGGAAACCGGGGGCGGAAAUUACUCUAGACAGUUCAAGAAUAUGGAGUUGCUGGUGAAAAUUCUCGACUCUUUGCACCCCUUGAGUUCAGAAACAAGUGAGAGUCGCUGUGAGACGAGCAUCAGAACUGAGCCUGCUCCUCAGACACAUCUUUCAGGUCGCAAAAGAAAGCAGCUCGAUACGCUCUGGGAGGAGAACAAAAUUCCUGUUAACGCCAACAGCAUUGCCAGUGCCGGUUCUGUCAAAGUCGGAAAACUUGAAGAGGAGAAAGUUUCUGUGCGGAAUGUGUAUAGCACAAGGCGAGUGAAGCAGAAGAUGGGUUCGGGAUCAGAUGAAGCAGUUGGUCUCGGCAUAUUGCUUGAAGAUCAAGCAAUGCAUGAUAAGAAACCUCAAGAUUUCCCUAAAACUGCUGCAAACGUCCCCAUCCCCAUCCCCAAGUCCCAGCCCACCCCAGCUUCUCAGUCUGAUUCUGUCCCUGUAACGGAUCAGAUUCUACCAACACCGGUUAAAAAAAUGAGUCCGCGCCAUCUGCAAGACGGAGAAGUGUACCAAGGGAGGCUGCGAGGCUACGAUAGAAAAUAAUGAAGGAAGCUUGCACAAAAGUUGGCAUCAAAGGGACAGGUUUAAAGCAAGGAGUUAGAAGUCCAUAUGAAUUGUUACCAACACUACUCUUAGCUUAAUAUGCAUUCAGAAAUAAAUAGUUGGAAUCUUCUUCACACUGUAAAAUGAUUGAUUUG